GCAGUCCAAGUGACCAUCAACUGUAGGCCAGAGGUGUUGGAGGUGGGGUGAGACAGACCAGCCCCUAAGCCUGGUCAGUGCUGUGGCAGACAUGGAGUUCACCCGGAUGCGGCCUCACCCUUGGCCCCUGCUUCUCCCGGUACUUAUGUGGCUUCCCCAAAGCCUGAGUCUAGACCUGAUUCCCUACACGCCGCAGAUAACUGCCAGGGACCUGGGAGGGAAGGUCACAGCCACUACGUUCUCUCUGGAGCAGCCUCGGUGCGUCUUUGAUGAGCACGCCUCAAGUAAUGACACCAUCUGGCUAGUGGUGGCUUUCAGCAAUGCCUCCAGGGACUUUCAGAACCCACAGACCGCUGCUAAGAUCCCGACCUUCCCACAGCUGCUGACUGACGGCCACUAUAUGACAUUACCCCUGUCCCUGGAUCAGCUGCCAUGUGAGGACCUGACCGGUGGCAGUGGAGGUGUUCAGGUGCUUCGGGUGGGCAAUGACUUCGGCUGUUACCAGCGACCCUAUUGCAACGCUCCCCUCCCCAGCCAGGGCCCUUACAGUGUGAAGUUCCUUGUAAUGGAUGCUGGUGGCCCACCCAAGGCUGAAACGAAGUGGUCUAAUCCCAUUUUUCUCCACCAAGGGAAGAACCCCAACGCCAUUGACACAUGGCCUGGUCGGCGGAGCGGCUGUAUGAUCGUCAUAACUUCUAUCCUUCCGGUCCUGGCCGGCCUCUUGCUCCUGGCUUUCCUGGCAGCCUCCACUACGCGUUUCUCCAGCCUGUGGUGGCCUGAGGAAGCCCCUGAGCAGCUGCGGAUUGGCUCCUUCAUGGGAAAACGUUACAUGACUCACCAUAUCCCCCCCAGCGAGGCUGCCACACUGCCGGUGGGCUGCGAGCCUGGCCUGGACCCCCUUCCCAGUCUCAGCCCAUAGCUUGGUCUCUGGAUCUUGGGCUGGUGUGAGGGGCACAGAGCAGGUGCCCCUCCUGUGGGGCAGGGUGGGGCCCUUGCAUCUCCACAGCCCCUCCUAUCUGCCUGGCUGUUUUAUCUUCUGCGUCUGGUUCUGUCUGUCACUCGCCUCUGUAUGUAAGUGCAUUUACAAGAUCAGGAUCAGUUUGAUCCUUUUUUUUUUUUUUUGUUCUUUUUUUCGGAGCUGGGGACCGAACCCAGGGCCUUGCGCUUCCUAGGCAAGCGCUCUACCACUGAGCUAAAUCCCCAACCCCCAGUUUGAUCCUUGAUAACCCCCUUCACGUAAGGCUCAAGGAUGUGGUUCACCCUCACCUUAGCCAGACUUCAGAGAACCCAGGAGGAGAUGGGUAACACGAGGCCGUGAUCCCCACCCUUAGGAGGCUGAGGUAGGAGGGUCAUGUGCUCCAGGCUAGUCUGGGCUAUGGAGCAAGAGCAGGUCUCGAACAAAACAAAACAAAACAAAACAAAACAAAACAAAACAAAACAAAACAGAAACACACAACCCUGGGAGGCAGCCUUGUUGGGCAGUUAGUAGGUUGGGCUGGGCCAUCACGAGGGUAUGAGGCUCCAUCCUACCCAACAACCAGGGAUGGGGUGCUGCUGCAGAAAUACCACUAUGCAGGGGUUGGGGAUUUAGCUCAGUGGUAGAGCGCUUGCCUAGCAAUCGCAAGGCCCUGGGUUCGGUCCUCAGCUCCGGAAAAAAAAAACCCACUAUGGUCUCCUCACUUUCUGAGGCUGGGUCUCACCAGUGUGCUGGUUAGAGAGUGUGAAUGGUUACUAAUGACAGCUCGGCUACCUACCCCAGUCCCUGUGCACAGAGAGAUGCUUCGAGCACUUCUCUGCUGACUCAGCAUCAUUUAUUGCGCACCUGCCCUUCUGUACCACAUACAGUGUCAGACGACACGGCCUGGGGUCGCAAAGCUGCUCGUGACUUUGGAGGACUCUCCACCUUGCUUUGAAUCUCAGACUGACACCUGUCCAGAUGUGGGAUCUAUUACUGUUGGGGAGAUGCCAUGUCCUCAAACUGUCCUCAGGGUCACACUCUCCCAAUUACCACAGCGGGCUCCUCGCGACUUUUUCAAAGGAAAAGAUCUCCAGGACAAAGCCAGUGCUUCCUGCCAUCACCACACGGGGGCGUCCGCAAGAUGUAGCUACGUGGCAGCAGGGCCCUGAGCAGUUCACUCCAGUUUACUGCUCCAUCUGCACUCCUGUCUUUUCAGGGGUCAGGGAAGAAUGUGUUCCAGCUCAUCCAGGGCGAGCCCGCGGGGCUACCAUGUUCUCUUUAAUGGCGACCCUUGUGACUAAUCAUUGACUUUCCUGACCACACUGUUUAGCCACCCUACCCCAUGUCCCAUGGGGCUUGUUUGAUCAAGCUCUUAGGAAGUUAAUAAAUGUUAUUAUGGCAGGA